CGAGACCCCGUAUUACGUGUACUCAAUAAAGUCUCGGGUGUGCAGAGUAUGCUCUGAAUGUCUGAUACGAGGCCGGGUCGGCGCUACCUUUGCUACAUUAUUCAUGACGUUGCUGAAAUGAGAUGUGCACCGCAAUGAAGGAUUCCAGCUGACAAGGAAGUUUUAGACCCGGUUUUGCCUGAUGUUGUGGUGUCUGUUUUUUCAAAGGUUAGAAAUAUAAUAAUAUAUCAGCGUGCUGGGUUUUUUGGUUUUUUUGUUUCUCCCACAAGAUGCCAAUCUUCAACGAAUUUUUACGCCGAAACAGACUUUGCUGGCUUACUAUGAAAGGUAUGCAGAUCAUUUCAACCUCCGUCAGUACAUCGUUUUCAACACCCGAAUCAUGAAGAUCAAGCGAGCUCCCUCUUAUGAACGUACUGGACAAUGGUUGGUUCACAUAGCUCUAGUCGACAGAGAGGGAAAUCCGGUUGAAGGACAGAACAUGCAAACGGAAUUAUUUGAUUGCGUCAUCGUCUGCAAUGGUUAUUUCAGAUCACCCCGAUAUCCAACAAACUUACCAGGACGCGAUACCUUUCCAGGGUUUCAGGAGCAUUCGAUGACCUACAGGAAUAAUGAGAAAUACCGAGGCAAAAAUGUACUUGUAGUAGGAAACAAAUUUUCAGCUAUUGACAUUGCCAAUGACGUGGCCAAUGUUGCUUCACAGACGUACUUGGCUGUUGGGAGCGGUACUUGGAUCAUUCCUCGCCUCGGUGUCGAGGGUACAAUCAUGGAUAGAGCAGUAUCUCGAAAGGGGCUGUACUCUGCACCAUCAAUACAACACGCCUUCAACGAAGGACUUAUGGCAGAGGCCAAUGCUAGACUGGACCAUGAAGCUACCGGAGUCCGCUCAGAUGUGUUGCCUUUCAAUGGACCAUGUAGUCUUCAAGAUAGCAUACAGGUAAAGAUACUCUCAGGCCAAGUUAUUGUCUAUGGCUAUGUGACUGAGCUUAACAAAAGAGAAGCUGUUUUCGACGAUGGCCAGCGUAUCUCUGAUCUGGAUGCAGUUGUGUACUGCACUGGCUAUGACUCAGAUUUCUCGUUCCUCGAUGAAAAUGUCAGACCAGCUACUCACUCGGAAGAUGGUGGUGUGGAGAUGUACAAGUUCACUUUCCCGAUGACCGCGCGACACAAUACUCUUGCCUUCGUCGGCCAUUACGGGAGUGACUCCGCCAUGUUACCUCCCAUGGAGCUUCAGUGUCGCUUAGCAACGAGAGUAAUGUCAGGAAAAUACAAUCUCCCCGCUGCUCCUUUGCUGAAAAAGGAUGUAGAAUACUGGAACAAGAUCAGUUGGUCGAGGAAGAAGAGUAAAAGAAACCCUGUUGUACCCCUCGUGCACUUCUCUGAGGAGAUGGCCCAAGUUUUGGGAGUCUACCCACACUUCUGGACCUUGUUCUUUAAAGACCCACGUCUUGCCUACCGCACCUGGGCUGGUCCUUGGUUUCCCGCCUCCUACCGUCUCCUGGGCCCAGACAGCACAUGGGAGGAGGCGCGCCGUACAUGCCAUCAGAUGUACGAGGAAGAUCUCAGUAUGGUUUGCCACAGGAAGGUCAAGCCGUUAGCCAGAGAAAAGGUCAGACGACUCAGCAAGUACAUAUGGCGAGGCUUUUACUUCCUUCUUGUGCCCUGUCUGCUGAUCUGGUGCAAGAAGAGGCAUCCUGAUUUCUGGUUUCGCCUUUUUAUCAAGACUGGAGUGUGAAACAAAACAAAACAUAACUGGAACAAGAGGACAUUUGGAAGCAUGUUCAGUGUUUAUUUUCUGCUGUCUUCGGACGGUUGCUGUUUUAUGCUAUGGAGAACGGUAAAGACAUUGAAUCGCCUAAAUUCGAGGGUCAUAGCUCAUACUGUUGCAAAGGUCGUAAUUCCCUUUCUCUCCUUGUAGUCCUCACCUGCAUACCAUUUCCUCUGUACGGCCGGUUUGCAGAAUGGCUGGCGAUUUCAGGUCUACUUUUCGUUAAUUCAUAAUAAUACCUUAUGAUGUUUACCGUAUCCAAGCUUUAGCAGUGAUACAUUUUGACACUUUUAAUAAAAGUACAUACAGGAAAGAUAAUACCAUGUCAUGUUUUAAGAUUUUAGGUAACUGUAGAGCACUCAGUACUCAAAGUGCAAUAUUUUGUUUACUUAUUAUUUUGCUGGCCAGCUAGAUCAGCAUAAUGAAGAUAUUUUGUAAUUUGUUCCAAAAUAAUAUUUUUUGAAAUGUUAAUCUUUUUCUACUGCGUGUGGCACAAUAAGCCGUAAUAUUCAUCUAUGUUUUCACUCCCUUGUGAUCAAAGAUUGUUUUUUUUUUGGCCAAUAUUGAACCCAACAGACGUUUGGAAAACACUUAAGUCCACUUUGUUGAGGACUUUCAGAUGGAACAUUCUUCCUCGUACAUGUUUUCAUCUUAGAUGCACAAUGAACAUGCUAUGUCCAAUAACACAAUAAUACUUAUAAUACUUGUAUUUUGUAUUUUCUUGAUGUCGAAACUUGACUGAUAUUACUACUAUGCUCAUCUGAUUAAAUGACAUCCUCUUCACGCAAUGGGUAUAUGUUGCUAAAUUAAGUUUGUUCACUUUGAAGUGGUGGAUGGACAUGUAACAUAACUGAAAUUGGGAGCUGGUUAUGAUAUCAGAAUAUAGAGGAUAAAAAGGAAGAUCUAAAUUUUUAAAAUGGAAAAGUUUACCAAAUAGUUUCCACCUUUAAAACUAUAGUGUUUUUGUACCAUGAAAACACUGCUUAAAAUAACUUUAAAGAAAAUUUUCACUAAGAUAAGAUAAGAUAAGAUAAUGCAUUAUUGUCCCAGGUGGACAUUCUUCUUGGCUGUAUUACUAUUAUCAUAAAACAAUUUUCAGAACUGGUACACUGUAAGGUUCAUUACAUUUCAUGAGCAGAUCCUUUUUCCUGAUCAAACAGAAGGAAAUUGAAUAAUAUUCAGAGAUAGCAUUAAUGUUUUGUGUCGACGCACACCAGAUUGCCAAGUUUUGGAAACAAGACACUUAUGAAGAAAAACACAUUUCUGUCAAUAUAACAAUCCCUCCCUGAACUCUCCAUCUGCUUUUAACAUACCCCAGAAUAUAUUGACGUUUCUUUUAGUUUCCUCAAAUUAAAGAAAGAUAGGAAAAUAAAUAAUAUUGUUUAAACGUACAUUUUCUACA